AUGACGACAAAGCUCCGUGGAAGCAGGCUCGAAGCAGAGGUUGAUCGGGCACGAGCGGAUGGCAACUGGAAGCGUUUGGCUGAGCUUCUUCACGCCAUGAAGUCGAAACACUCUGGAAUGGAGGACAUGGUGGAACUGGUUGAAGCCGAAUUGGAACUAGAAACGUUUCUUGAACAACAAGGAGAGGUCUUGCGGCCAAGUCAUGACUAUGCUAAUGGGUUACGAGAGGCGGAAAUGCUUCUCAACGAAACCGUGGAACGUCGCAGUGAGGGCACUGUGUUAGAAGCACAUUUACUGCUGGCAAAAUUACAUUAUGCAUGCGCCUCCUACACACAGGCUCUAAAAGACAUCGAAAAUUCUGGAAUGGAGCUUGCCAAUACACCUUUUCGUACUUUGCGAGCUCUGCGAUUAGUUGCUGAAGUUUACGCAAUAAAAGGUAUUGUUCUUUUCUAUCUUGAAAAAUGCUUCCAAAUUCAACGAUCGGUAAACAAAGAGGUCAGUUCAGCUUUUUCCAUGUAUUACAUAAUUUCAAGCAUCACAAGACAAGUCUGUAGGCACAUGCGAAGCUUUUUUUUCCUUCUGUUCAGUAAAUUUUUAUUACUUGCUUUUGAAUCACUGUUCAAACACUUCUGGGGGUAA